AACCGAUGAAGUCACGAGUUCAAGUCGUAGAAGCUCUGGGAAGCUAACUUUGAGGAAGUUUUUACCUUCUCUCUGGCUCUGUCAGGCUGUCUAAUCCCUUCCUCAUACUUUAUAUCGGGAAGAUCAAGUUCGUGCCGGUGUUUUUUAAUGGCGUAGUUGGAUUGUGGAAAUGUAGGGACCGAUAUUUAUAUUAACGAUUAUUACCCCCUUAACAAUGGGGGCCCGACGUUGUGCUAAUGGGGUCUGGAUAGCGCUACAUUUAGUGGUGCUGUGUCAGGCCUCACCUUUUAAGGUUUUGGAACCCGAAUCGAAGCUUGCCAAUGUGAAGAUAAAGCUAAAUGUUUCCAGUCGUGACACAAACAAGAGCAGAGUUGCACAUCAGAUUGUGUGUGAUGUGGGAGAAUAUUUCUUCAACGGUCACUGCUGCAAAUACUGUCCAGCUGGUACUAAAGUUCACCGGGGUUGCCAGACUCCACACGCUAUGGGCGAAUGCCAAGUUUGUACAAAUGGCAAAAACUAUACGGAAUAUGCCUCUGGAAUGGAAAAAUGUUUACCUUGCACUGUUUGCAGAUGGGAUCAGGAGAUGAUAUUUCCCUGCACUGUAGCAAAGGAUACUGUAUGCCAGUGCAAGCCAGGGACCUUUUGUUUGCCAGAUUUGCCUUGUGAAGUGUGCCAAUCCUGCUCAAAAAGGUGUUCUGAUGACAUGGUCAUUUUAAAGGAAUGCAACGCUACAAAGGACAGUGUGUGUGGACCACCCCCACCUACCAUACCUGAAUCAUCAUCACCAGGGAUCAUAUCCAUCAUUUCUGCAUGCCUCCUAUUUAUUGUGGGUUUAGCAAUCACCUUGAUUUCGUGUUACUGCCAGAAGAAAAAUUGCUGCUCAGCUGAAAAGCAGAAAUCUGAAGAAGAUGGCGAUGUGCCCACGGUUGUUGGAGUUCCUUUGUUACAAAGUGAAGAUGAUCAGGCAACUGGAAGUGACACAAGACGUAAUGUAAUAGAUUUAAAUUUGUCGAUAGUCAAAGUGCCAGUGGAGCAUCCUUGUGGACCACAUGAAAUUGACCCAUUACCUCAUGGUGCAGCUGCCUAUGGUCCUCUUUCAGUGUGUGAAGAAAAUCCACAAACUAGACCGUCUGCUUUGUCUCUAAAUGAGGAAACGCUUAACCCCAUGUCUUCCAGUGCCAUGGAAAACAAGGAACUGGAAUUCGUCUUAAGAUAUAAUAAAGAAUUUCUUAAAGAAGUCAAAGAAAAACCUCAAAAUGCUUUGACUUCAAGCUUUUACAUCUUCAUAUCUGAAGUGCCCUUUAAAGAAUGGAAAGCAUUUAUGAGAAGUCUGAAACUGAAGGAAAAUGAAAUUGAUGUAGCAGUCUAUAACAAUAACAAAGAUGUAACAGAACAGCGCUAUCAGAUGCUGCGAACAUGGCAGGAAAAAUGUGGGAAGGAUGCAGUUAUAAAUGUAUUAUUACGGUCUUUACUAGACAUCGGUUUAAAAGGUUGUGCAGAAAAUAUAGUAAAUACUUUAAUUAACAAAGGCAUAUAUAAAUAUAAUGAUGGCUAAAAAAGUAGGCUAUUGCAGUGGCCAUGGCUCAUAAAAUUGUAGACUAUUAAUAACCAAGUCUCUGUAUCCAUUUGUUACCAGAAAGACCUUGCCUGUGAUCACUCAGAGAUCUGCUUCACUCUGCAACAGUCUGUUGUAUGUUGUGCCAUGAGAAAAUUAAACUAUUUUGUGAUGAAA